UUUUGUUUUUUUUUUUAAACCAUCCCCCCCUCCCCUCUUUUUCCCCCUACCCCUUCCCUUAUUCUCCGUCAGCACAAGGCAAACCAUUUGAUUUUGAGUUCCAGCCCUUGGUCCUUCUGUGCCUUCUUUAAAAGACCCACUUUCUCCCCAUCGCCAAGCGGUGUUUGGCAAUAUCAGAUAUCCGCUCUAUUUAUUUUUACCUAAGGAAAAACUCCAGCUCCCUUCCCACUCCCAGCUGCCUUGCCACCCCUCCCAGCCCUCUGCUUGCCCUCCACCUGGCCUGUUGGGAAUCAGAGCCCAGCAAAACCUGUUUAGACACAUGGACAAGAAUCCCAGAGCUCCGCGGCACACACAGUCCGUUUCUUCGUCCUCAGGGUAACCAGCGCUUCCUGGAAGUCUUGAAGUUCUCGCAGUGCAGUGAGUUCAUGCACCCUUUUGCCAAGCCUCAGUGUUUGGGAUCUGGGGAGGCUGCCUGGUUUUCCUCCCUCUUUCUGCACGUCUGCUGGGGGCUCCUCUUCGCCAGGCUUCACUGCCCCCCCAACCCCUCUCCCCGGCUCACACAUGAAGAUGUACUUGCAAAGAGCUCUGGUGGUCCUGGCCCUGCUGGACUUUGCCACGGUCAGCCUCUCCCUGUCCACUUGCACCACUUUGGACUUCAGCCACAUCAAGAAAAAGAGGGUGGAAGCCAUUAGGGGACAGAUCUUGAGCAAGCUCAGACUCACCAGCCCCCCUGAGCCAUCGGUGAUGACCCACGUCCCCUAUCAGGUCCUGGCACUUUACAAUAGCACCCGGGAACUGCUGGAGGAGAUGCAGGGAGAGAGGGAAGAAGGCUGCACUCAGGAAAACACGGAGUCGGAAUACUAUGCCAAAGAGAUCCAUAAAUUCGACAUGAUCCAGGGGUUGGCGGAGCACAAUGAGCUGGCUGUCUGUCCCAAAGGAAUUACCUCCAAGGUUUUUCGCUUCAACGUGUCCUCAGUGGAAAAAAAUGGAACCAAUCUGUUCCGGGCUGAGUUCCGGGUCUUGCGGGUGCCUAACCCCAGCUCCAAGCGCACAGAGCAGAGGAUUGAGCUCUUUCAGAUACUCCGGCCAGAUGAGCACAUCGCCAAGCAGCGCUACAUUGGUGGCAAGAACCUGCCCACUCGAGGCACUGCCGAGUGGCUGUCUUUUGAUGUCACUGACACAGUGCGUGAGUGGCUGUUACGAAGAGAGUCCAACUUAGGUCUGGAAAUCAGCAUUCACUGUCCAUGUCACACCUUUCAACCCAACGGAGACAUCCUGGAAAAUGUCCAUGAGGUGAUGGAAAUCAAAUUCAAAGGGGUGGACAAUGAGGACGACCAUGGCCGUGGAGACUUGGGACGCCUCAAGAAGCAGAAGGACCACCACAACCCCCAUCUGAUCCUUAUGAUGAUUCCUCCACACCGGCUCGACAGCCCAGGCCAGGGGGGUCAGAGGAAAAAGCGGGCCCUAGACACCAACUACUGCUUCCGCAACUUGGAGGAGAACUGCUGUGUGCGCCCCCUCUACAUUGACUUCCGACAGGAUCUGGGCUGGAAAUGGGUCCACGAACCUAAGGGCUACUAUGCAAACUUUUGCUCAGGCCCUUGCCCAUACCUCCGCAGCACAGACACAACCCACAGCACGGUGCUGGGGCUGUACAACACCCUGAACCCUGAAGCAUCUGCCUCACCCUGUUGCGUGCCCCAGGACUUGGAGCCCCUGACCAUUCUGUAUUACGUGGGGAGGACCCCCAAGGUAGAGCAGCUCUCCAACAUGGUGGUGAAGUCCUGUAAGUGCAGUUGAGGCCCAGCCUGCAACAGAGAAGGGAGAACUGCCACUGCUGACGGCCCCGUUCCUUGGGAAACCGAAGCAACAGACCUCACCUAGAGGCCUGGAGCCUACAACCCUUGGCUCCUGGUGAACAGCUAAAAUGGAGGCUUCCUUCUGGAACAUUUCUCUUUCUUGUUGGCUCUGAGAAUCACUGUGGUAAAGAAAGUGUGGAUUGGUUAGGGGAAGUGAACUCUUUUAGAACACAGUACUUUUGUGGUGCAGACAGAGGUGUUGGGGUAGAGAAGAGGGAGGGCAAGUGGACACAGAGGUGUUGGGGUAGAGGAAGAGGGAUGGCAAGUGGCAAUGGGAUUUGGGCUACCCUGGGAAGGAGGUGGGGCAGAAGGUGGCCAAACUGGAAGAUACUUUGGAUCUGUAGUUUGGGUUACUGGUGUGCCAUAUCUGCUUUGGGGACUCUGAUGAUGUUAUAGGAGGCAAGAAUUUUUUUUUUUUUUUUAGACAGGUUACCAAGACAAAGUCCCAGAAUUGUAUCUUGCAUUACCUGGGAUUAAAGACAACUCUUUUUGUU